AAGAACAAUGUCGAAGCCUUCUUCUUCACCUUUCUUCUCUGAAACCACUUCUCGUCUCCAAGACGAAACAGUUUUCUUCUCCUUAUUCCCUGACUCAUCCCUCUCCUCCGCCGCUCUUCAGUCACUUCACUUAGAAAUCAUCGAUUUCGUUUCUCCGUUUACUUCUCCUUACAUAUGGCAGCACGAGCCUUUCUCUCUCUCAAUCGCUCUCUCUUCCUCUUGUGCUUGUACCAAUACUGCUAUACCUCAUCUCCACGGGAAGCUCAAGUACGGUGACAAUCUCGAAGACGAAUGGUUCGCUGUGUUUUUACUUUUUCGAAUCUCCGCCGCGUUUCCGUCUAAUUCGAUUCGUGUUUGGGACACUGACGGCGAGUUUCUCCUAAUCGAAGCUGCUUUUCAUCUCCCGCGUUGGCUUAAUCCGGAGACUAGUCUCAAUCGUGUCUUCAUUCGCGGUGGUGACCUCCACAUAGUUCCCAGAAGCCGUUUGCCUGAUCCUUCUUUGGUUGCGUCUCUACGGUUUCUAAUCGAGCGUGGUAACGAAUCUCGUGCGUCGGAUUCAGUUCAAUCUGCGUUGAAGAAUCGGAUAUCUGAUUAUCCUGAAAGAGCGUGGAGGAAUAUGCAUCGUGUUAGGGUUAGGGUUCCGGUAUCGGUAGCUCAAGUGAUUAGGCAUGAACCUUUCUUGAUCUCACUUGCUGUGGAAGGGUUUUACGAUCGUGAUAUGGAUUCAAUGAAACACGCAGCGAAGAUGGAGAAGUUUCUGAGCAAAGGAAGAGAAGAGAAGCUUGUGCUUGUUCUUGUCAAGAUGUCUCGUGCUAUGUAUGGGCAGCUAGUGCAGCAGAAGUUUCAAGCACCGAAUUGUUAUCCAAUGCCUAGUGUCAGUGACAGGGAUGCUUUCUCUGAAGCUGAGCUAGGGAUGAAGAUAGCUUGUGGUAUGGAAAUGAUGUACCAGCAGAGGAAGAAGGAAGGAGAAGAUGGGAAAGGGAUUAGUUGGAGCAAGUAUAAAGACAAUCUUGAGAAGUAUGGUUAUUUUGAAGGAUUGCUUUCUGGUUCGAAGGAGUAUAAGAGGUUGAUGGAGAAUGCUGAGGAAUACCACCAGAAGAGUUCUUCGUUUUCGAGGACUAGAGACAUUAUGAGUGCACCGGUGAGACGUAUUGAUGAGAUUCUUGCUUUACCUUAUUCGGAGGAUGACUUUAAGGGCCAGGAAGUUCCUGCUUCUGACAAUGAUUCUUGGCUCUACGAUGGUGAAGAUGAACUAAACUCUGUUCUUCAAGAGAGGCAGAAAGAGAUGGAGUUUUAUAACUCAAAGAAGGAACGCAAAAAUAAAGGUAAGGAGAAGCAAGAAGCUGGAAGCUCAUCUGAUGCAAACAUGAACAAUUUUGAUCUCGGUGAUAUCUCAAAGUCGAUGCAGCAAUUCAUGCACAAGGUAUCAAGCUACAAAGGAGCAGAAGUUCCAGAAAACAGGGAUUUCAAAGAAGUGAGUAUAGAUGUUGAUCGUUUCAUGAAAGAUAUUGAGUCAAUGCUAGGAAGCCAAGGUCGUGACGAACAAGCUGAUGAUGACAGUGAUGGCUCUGAAGGAUCUUCCAUGGACAUGGAUUUUGAUGACGUUGAAGAUGAUAGCGAAGGAGAAGAAUCUAACGAAGAUGCUAAGGAAAGCUUUGAGGAAUCCUACUAUGGAGCAAUGAAUGAGGAACUGAAAAACUCAACUCUUGAGAAAAGCUUUGAAAAUGUGAAUCAACAACAUUCUUCUAAGCAAAACGAGGAAUCAUCAAAAACUAGAGAUGAGAAGGAUGAUGAGUUUACACCAGUUGAUGCAGAUUUUAACCUUGUUAAGAACCUACUUGAAUCCUACUCUUCACAACAAGGACUUCCUGGUCCUGCUUCCAAUUUGCUCGGCCUCAUGGGUUUGCAGCUUCCAAAAGAUUCCGGCGACAAAAACUGAAUGCUUAUCAAAAUGUAGUUUGUUUUUGGGUUCACUUUGUUUAAUCACAUAAUCGUGAGUAACGUUGUUGGGGAAGUUUUUGUGUUGUCGAAAGUAAGCACAUGACAUGUGAUUUCAAGAAAACAACAUAUGUACAUGUACAUUACUACUAUUACACAUCAUCAAACCACAAAGGAACAAAAGAAAAAAGAUUUUUUUUUUUU